UCAGUGUGACUGGAUCACGCCCAGUUGCACUGCCCUCCACAGCGAUUGGUUCAUGGGAAAGAGAGCAGGGUUAAAACCCAGAGCGGUUAAAUACACAGGUAUUGAACAGAAGAGCACACCACAGUCCGUGUAGGAAUUUUCAUAGUGGAGGAAGCAGCAUAUUGAAUAUUUAAAAAAAAAAAAAAAAAAAAAGCCUUAAGGACUUCGAAGUUUUGCACUGAGAAAGCUCACCUGUUCAACACACUUUGGCUUUGUGUAACUGUUUGCUUUUGAAUUUUGUGUAACUGCUUAAGUGCAGAUUUUCAGCAACAUCUCAGGAUUUCGAGGAGAGCGUGAUGAAGUGCAGGCGGCCGCAGAGGAGCAUACGGUUGAUGAGUGUCAUUCAUUGGGCUGUGAUGCUGGGAUUGAUUCAGUCCGGCGCGCUCGGCGCGCGGAGAUUCCGCGGAGGUCGAAACCCGCAGCCGCGGCGCGCGCUGCCCUCCGCGCAUUCCCGCGACCGCGCCGAAACCACCGAGAGCUUCUCACUGGAUUUCACAGCCGUGGAAGAAAACAUGGACAAUUUCAUGACUCAGGUGAAGAACCUCGCGCAGUCUCUCUACCCGUGCUCGGCCCAGAAGCUCGACUACGACAUGAAGUUACAUUUCCUGGAGAAUACAUCAGUCACCUGUAACGACGGGACCCCAGCAGGGUACUACUUGAAGGAGUCCAAAGGAAGCAGACGGUGGUUAAUAUUUCUGGAGGGUGGCUGGUACUGCUUCAACAAAGAGAACUGUGACAGCAGAUACGAGACCAUGAGGAGGCUCAUGAGCUCCUCCAAAUGGCCACAAACCAAGACAGGCACAGGAAUACUGUCUUCACUUCCAGAGGAAAACCCACACUGGUGGAAUGCCAACAUGGUGUUCAUCCCAUAUUGCUCAAGUGAUGUAUGGAGUGGAGCCACACCAAAAACUGAUCAAAAUGACUAUGCGUUCAUGGGUUCACUGAUUAUAAAGGAAGUUGUGAAGGAUCUGCUAACCAAGGGUCUGGACAAUGCCAAGAUACUGCUGUUAGCUGGAAGCAGUGCGGGCGGCACUGGGGUUUUGCUGAAUGUGGAUCCAGUAUCUGAGCUCUUAGAGGAGUUGGGUUACACAAACAUCCAGGUCAGGGGUCUGUCUGACUCUGGCUGGUUCUUGGACAACAAACAGUACCGUUGCACUGACUGUGUGGACACCAUCAAUUGUGCGCCCACCGAGGUCAUCAAGAGAGGAAUCAAAUACUGGGGCGGCGUUGUACCUGAACGAUGCCGACAGGCUUAUGAAGGAAAAGAAUGGAACUGCUUCUUUGGAUAUAAAGUUUAUCCUACCAUUAAACGCCCUGUGUUUGUAGUGCAGUGGCUGUUUGAUGAAGCCCAGCUAACGGUGGACAACAUUCAUCUGACGGGUCAGCCGGUUCAGGAGGGCCAGUGGCGUUAUAUUCAGAACCUGGGGACGGAACUGAGAAACACUCUGAAGGAUGUCCCUGCCAUGUUUGCUCCAGCCUGCCUUUCGCAUGAAUUUAUAACAAGAAAUUACUGGACUGACGUUCAAGUCAAGGGCACGUCUUUACCCAGAGCGCUCCACUGCUGGGAUCGCAGUCUACAGGAAAACAGCAGAAAUAAUAAAUCCCCUCCCAAAGGCUGUCCCGUGCACUUGAUUGACAGCUGUCCAUGGCCUCACUGCAACCCGACGUGCCCAACAAUCCGAGAUCAGUCGACGGGACAGGAGAUGAACGUUAUCCAGUUCCUCAUGCAUAUGGGCUUUGACGUACAGAAGAUGGCCCACCAGCAGGGCAUGGACCCAAGUAAGCUACUGGGCAUGCUCAGCAGUGGCAGCUAAAUGCAGUGGAAGGACUCACUCCCAGUUGGGGCUGCGCUUCCCGUCAGUCUGUUUUGAUACCUCCAACCCCUUCACCCACCUCAGCUUUGACCUCAUGCUGAGCCCUGCCUUUAGUCGGGGCUCUGUGCCAACUCUCUACGGGCUUCCAUCUCCAGAUCCCCUCAUUAAUGAUCAAUUUAAGAGUCCAAAUGGCAUCAUUUUGCUCCAGCGUAUAUUACCCAUGCAGAUUAUUCUCACUGAGCAGCUUGGAGAUGGUGGAGAUGCCCAAAACAGAGAUUUGGAACGGAGCCCUUAUCAGAUCCACCUCAGUUAAACCAUGGGCUGCUGACUGUUCAAACGUUCCCAACACAACACCGUACCGGUGAAAGUACUGAUGAACCAUGUAACCGGGAAAAGGUACACCUGCAUCUCUGCUCUUAAUUUAUCUUUUGGUUAUAAAAGUAUCACGAAUGUAAUCCAGUUUUACGGAUCUUCAGCAUUGUUGUUUGCUUUGUGGUUUUUAUCUUAUUUUCUUUUGUUACCAAUAUAUUUAGCCACAGUUUAUUAGAGUUUUAUAUGUCCAUUCAGAGAAAGAAAAUACAGAGAGUACGGAUAUUGUCGAUUAUAGAGUUUAUAAUCUGUAACACAGAUUAUAGAGUUUAUGAAGUACAUGUAAAAUAUAUAUUGGAUCUACUCAAGACUAUAAAGAAUCGUAUAAACAGGAACUUUGGAACAGACAGACACACACGUGUGUGGAAAGCACUGGAUCACCUACUCUAAACCCAACAUCAUUCUUGGGGUAUUUUAUGUUAUUUUCUGAUAUGUCUCGAUAAUAAUAAUAAUAUUUAAAGGAAUAGUCAGUCUCAUAAUAAUAAUUCUGUUAUCUUUAACUAACUACAAUGCCAAUCCAUCCAAAAAUGGAUCAUUUUAUUUUCCUUAGUAGAACACAGCUAGAGAAUUUUAAAAGAAUGUUCAAACUUCUGUUCUCUAUAUUAUCAAGUGUAUGGUCAUUUAUACUGCCAAAAGCCAAAAAGGAUAUAACAACACAGUAAAAGUAGCAUCAUAGUAGUCAUACACUAUAUUCUAAGUCUUCUGAAUCCAGUUAAGGCCCAACCAUGACAUCAAGAGCGAUAACUAUGCUGAUAACUAUAUGCAACAGUCAAUGGUCGGGUUCCAGAAGUGAAAACUCCAUUCAGUUUCUCCAUAGGGAAAUGGAUUUUUAACAAUAGCUUAUAAACCUUUAAAGGGGCCAUUCACAUAUCGCGUCUAAAAACGUGUGGAAAGCGUGGCCGCGCCACUUUCUCCUUUUUUCCAAAGCGCUUGUGCUCCCAUUACAUCUGUCGUUGCUAUGCAACCAUGAACUGCGCUCUCCACGAGGAGUAGGAAGUUUCAGCAAAACAUAAAUUGAUUUUUAGCCCUUGCAUUAGGUUUACUGCUAGAUAUAUUUAUGGAGAUGAGAUAUAAAAACCACCCUGUACAGCUAUGAUCAGCUGUUCGGCUAAACUUUCGAUGUUUUGUUACGGAAAGGCUGAAGCUGAUCGGUUGGUUCUUGUCACAUGACCUGUGGUGCGCUUGCGGCAUUCUGAAAAGUUGAGAAUUUUUCAUCUCGAGCACGAGAUGAAAAAUUAUGAGCGCGGCUGUCACGCACCUACAUUUGAAAUAACGAAUUUGAGCAUGCAAAAGACGCAAUAUGUGAAUGGCCCCAAAGACAGCCCUACUAUGAGCUGCGAGGUUGUUAAUCGAUGGUAUUUGUUUGUUUGUGUUUUGUUUUUUGCUUCUUUUUUUUUGUAGAAGCCGUUCGACCACAUUAUUUCAAUUUAGUUUUAAAAUAAUCGUGUUUAACAUUAGAAUUUGUGGUGAAAAACUACAUUACCCAUGAUGCUGUGUAGAAAAUUUCACCAAUCAAAGAGUCGAAAUAAGCAAAAUGCGCCAAAAGAUCUUGUUAGCUCCACCCACUCCCAUGAAGCACUGCGAAUAACGUAAUCGAGUCGGUCUCUGUACACUCUCAAAAUACUUAAAUGUUUGUAAAUAUAUGCAUAUUUUGCAAUAAAAUACACACAUAUAAUCAACAUUUUUAAAUUAAUGUUUUAUAUUUCUCCAUUGUUUAAGUUUUAAUUAGUUCGCAUUGCUUCAUGGGAUUGUAGUUCUUUCCCUCACUAAAGCAGUUUAGUACAGUCUUUGUCAUUUUGUCUGAUUUUCAAACACUUUUUUUUUUUUGCUUUAAAUCAAAGUUUGUAAUGUGUUGAUUCACCUCAUAACUGGUUGGCUUGGUUCAUGGCUUAUAACAGUUAAACAAAGACUUUUUUGAAACGCCUAUGGAAAAAAUGACUGGAAAACAUCCUUCCGGAACUAGCAAAACUAUGUCUUUAUCAUUAUAGUUAGUCCUUGAUGAGAAUAGGCAUUUAUUCCCCUUUUGCCAUAGCUAUCAAAUCUAAUUUGUGGUCAAGAUGACACUGCAAACAUUGGCUUUUGACAUGAGUGACGUCAAACCUUUUAGCUAAACACAAGUGCGAAUCACAUGACAAUGUUGAGCAUGGUAUGGACAACAGGGAACUACUUUAAAUUGCCUUUUUGGAGACUUUUGUGGCAGUGUAAAUACACUUGUGUUUGUAUGUAAAACAGAAGGUUGGACAUUGAAAACUGUUCAUGAGGGUGAGUAAAUGAUGUCAGAAUUUUUUAAUUUUGGGUGAACUAUUCCUCUAUGGUACAAAAUACAUACAUCCUCACAAAUACUGGAUGAAAUGCAAAUUCCCGCAAACAGAUCCUCCUUUUUCAUAGUCACAUUUCAGGCACGUAAUGUCCUGAAUGUGACCCUGCUACUCAGGUCGGUUCUCUAUACCUUUUUGAUGUACCUUCAGUUUAACUCGUUCACAUUGUAUUAAAAGGGGGAUUUCACUCAUUUCACUCAUUUUUUUCAGCUGUGUAGAAACUCUUGGGACAUCUUUUUCUUAGUAUCUUAAUAAUAAAUAAGCAAAAUGACACUGUUUGAGUGCAAUUCCCCUUUAAAGCCACCAUUGUACUGACAUGACAGUAAGAUGAUGGUUGAUCACACUUUUAUCAAUGCAAAUUCUCACUCAAUUGGGAGAGGCUAUUGUGCUCUGUAUCUAUGUAUAGGUUUUAUUAACAGCUGACUCCUUUGAGAGUACUUUUGUCAAAUGAAGACAUUCUAGACUGUUAAAAUAUUUAAUAGAAAAUUACUUUUUAAUAUAAUUUUUUAUGUAGCGGUCUUAUGAAAAAAUAAAAAAAUAAAUCAACCAAAAGAAAAGAAAACAACAGAGAUGUGAAGGUAUUACUAAUUGCUAUUUUGUUCUGUAACAUAUUUUUUAACAGAAAACUCAAAUCUACAUUGCUAAGCUGCAUAUUUAUUUUGUUAUGUAAAUCAUAUUUAUAAUGCUAUUUUCACAGAGAAGUGAUUCUUUGUAAAUUGUAAAUAAUUCUGUUUUUUGUUUUUUUUCUUGUGUUGAAUGCAUGUAUGUGUCCCUGAGAGAAAACAUUACAGUUAUUCCA